AAAAAACCCCGACGGGGACUUUCGGAUUUUUCUUGGAUAGACAAGGUCCAAUUCCAUUCGUUGCACACCAGAAGAGGGGCAGUACCACGAGUCCAAAACAUUAUACAAAAAAACAACACGCUCCAAAUAGCAACCAUGUCUCUCUCCAACAAAUUGUCCGUUACCGACGUCGACCUCAAGGACAAGAGGGUGCUAAUCCGGGUCGACUUCAAUGUCCCCCUCGACGAGGACAAGAACAUCACAAACAACCAACGAAUCGUCGGAGCGCUUCCAACCAUCAAAUAUGCCAUCGACCACGGCGCCAAAGCCGUCGUGCUCAUGUCCCAUCUCGGCCGGCCAGACGGCAAGCCCAAUCCCAAAUUCAGCCUGAAGCCCGUCGUGCCCGAGCUGGAGAAGCUGCUUGGUGGCCGCUCUGUGAUUUUCACGGAGGACUGCGUCGGCGCGCAGGUCGAGGGGCCGGUUAAUAAGGCCAGCGGCGGGCAGGUGAUUCUGUUGGAGAAUCUGCGGUUUCAUCCGGAGGAGGAGGGCAGCUAUAAGGAUGAGCAGGGCAAGAAGGUUAAGGCGGAUCCGGCGAAGGUGGAGGAGUUCCGGAAAGGGUUGACUGCGUUGGGGGAUAUUUACAUUAAUGACGCCUUCGGCACUGCCCACCGCGCCCACAGCUCCAUGGUGGGCGUCAACCUCCCCCAGCGCGCCGCCGGCUUCCUCGUGAAAAAGGAGCUAGAGUAUUUCGCCAAGGCGCUCGAGAACCCCACGCGGCCCUUCCUCGCCAUCCUCGGCGGCUCCAAGGUCUCCGACAAGAUCCAGCUGAUCGACAACCUGCUCGACAAAGUCAACACGCUGGUCAUCUGCGGCGCCAUGGCGUUCACCUUCAAGAAGGUCCUGCACCACGUCAAGAUCGGCAGCAGCCUGUUCGACGAGCCCGGCAGCAAGCUCGUGCCGGACAUCAUGGCCAAGGCGGAGCGGAACGGCGUCCGCAUCGUCUUCCCCGUCGACCACGUCGUGGCCGACCGCUUCGCGGCGGAUGCGAACGUGCAGUACAAGACGGAUGAGGAGGGGAUUCCGGACGGAUGGUGGGGGUUGGACUUUGGGGAGCAGAGCGUGAAGCUAUUCGAGGCGGCGAUCGGGGAGGCGCAGACGAUCCUGUGGAAUGGCCCGCCCGGUGUGUUUGAGUUUGACAAGUUUGCGGGCUCGACAAAGGCGAUGUUGAAUGCGUGUAUUGAGGCAGUCAAGCAGGGGAAGAUCGUCAUUAUUGGCGGUGGGGAUACGGCGACGGUUGCGGCGAAGUAUCAUGCUGAGGAUAAGCUGAGCCAUGUGUCGACUGGUGGGGGGGCUUCGUUGGAGCUGUUGGAGGGCAAGGACUUGCCUGGCGUCAGUGCCCUGUCGAGUAAGUGAAAUGGGGUUUCAUUGUUCAUUGCCCCUCUGAUCAUCACUUUUUAUUUUAUUUUAUUUUAUUUUAUUUUUACUUGGGAGGAAGGAGACGACAGGAAAACGGGGUCGGGGAAGCGGUUUAUGUAAAGAAUGAAAAGGAAAGAAACCAGAGUGUAUUAAAAAGAUAUAAUGGACCAAUCGAUAACCAAGGUUAAAAUUUGGAUGUUUUUAACAAAUUGAUUAAUUUCCAUUGCAAUUGUAGUAUCUAGCUAGAUAUUUGGGAUGGUCUCUGUGCGUGGUCGUUUUUUCGGGAUUUUGACGCUGGCUUUUUCAUGCCCCUUCUUCAUUGAAAUAACUCGCAAGAUAACAAUAAUACAAUACAAGAACUAAAAUGAUAUCAAGCGUUUCGUCUGCUCUACC